AUGGAUGAACAAGAGUCUAAUACUAGUCCUCCUCCAAGUAAAGAUCAUGAAACUGAAAAUGUGUGUACUGAGUCUGAGAAUGUUGAUGCAGUUGAAGAGGAUAUGGAUGAUAGUGUAAAACUUAGAGAAUCCUCUUGUAGUAAGAAAAGUGAGAAGUCAAGAACUUCUGAUGUAUGGAAAUAUUUUACAAGGGUUGGGGUUGGUGAUGAUGGAAAAGAGAGGGCAAAGUGUAAUGGGUCCAACAAAAAAUAUGUUAUUGGUAGUAAAAACUAUGGCACAUCUCAUUUGAAGCGUCACAUGGAGAAAUGUAGUAAACUUAAAUUUGAAGAUGUUAGGCAAAUAAUAGUGGAUGGGCAAGGAAAGUUAAAAGCUAGAAGAAUAGAUCCAAUGGUUUCCCGUGAGUUGUGUGCCAAUUUAAUUAUCCAACACGGUUUACCUUUCAACUUUGUUGAGUAUGAAGCUCUUAGAAUUUGGAUAAGCUAUAUCAAUCCUGAUGCAUGUUCAGUUUCUAGAAAUAUAAUAAAGAGUGAUGUCAUGAAAAUACACAUGAAAGAAAAAAACAUGCUAAAGGAGGAGUUCAGGAAAAUCAGAAAUAGGAUUUGUUUGACAUCCGAUUUGUGGACUUCUAUAACUGGUGAGGGAUAUAUUGUUCUGACAGCAUAUUAUGUUAACACAAAUUGGAAAUUGUGCUCUAAAUUUUGA